GAUCACUUUUAGAUAUGCUCGUUUUUAUAAAUUCAUUGAAUGUUUGAGAAUGAAGUAUAGUAAGGCAUUUGUGAAAAUUCUAUAAGAAUAUAGUCAGAGGUGUCCACAUACUUUUGUGUAUGGGAUUUGUGUUAACGGUUAAAUCUUUAAAUAGUGGAUUUUGCAGAUUCCCUUGGCCUCCUGUUGGUUCACUUUUGUUCUUGCUGUGAAGACUGAUUUAUUUCUAGACUUAUUUUUUCUUCACCAUUAAACGACAUGUUCAUUGACUAGCCUAACUUUUCUACCUUUCAAAGCCUCUGUAGAUGAACCUCCUGAUCUUUUUUGAUGUAAAUAAGGUGAACAAGGAUAUUUUUUCUAAAUAAGAGUAGCCCUAGGCAUUGGUAAAAAAAUCCUAUGGAUAAUCUUUUUCUUUUUGCAAGUUUGUUUUUCAGCCAUUUUUGGAGGUACUUAUCAGUGGGCUAUUUCUUUUUCAUAAAAAAAAAAAAUUUGAGGAAAGAUUAAGAAAGACACUGCAUCAAGACUUGCUUUGCAGUUACCCAUACUUUUCUAUUCUAAGGUCAACUAUGAAGUGAAAGUAUUUUUAUUUUUAAGGACACUUUCAUUGACAUUCUCAGGUGUUCCUCUGACACCUGUGGCAUUACAAGGUAUGCAAGUAAAUGUGUGACUGAGAUGCACAUUGCAGCUUUUUCUACUGCUUGCCAUUCAAACUUUAAAACUUGCAAACCGGUCUAUCCGGGAUCCUUGAGACAUCGCUACCGCAUUGUUUUGAAACACCAUGGAAACACUAAGAAUGUACAGCAACUUUUUUUUAAUGUCUACUUGGCAUUUUCUUUGUUGGACUUUUUGUCACCUUUUUUAGACAAAUGAGUGGAUUGUCUUUGUUUAUAUUUUAAUGAAUAAAUAUCUACUUUUUUUGUCAUUUAGACACUUAUCCAAGUGCUUACAGGUUCGUGGAUGUUUUUGUGAUAUACAUUUUUCUGAGCAGAUGUUAGUUUCAGCCAUUUUUGGAGGCUGAUUUAUUUUAUUUUUUUCCUUUUUUUUCUUGGGAGGAUUAACACACGUUUUUGAAAGUCUUCAUACUUCUCCCAUUUGUGGACUGCUUAAAAGGAGUUUCUUUCUGGCAUACUUUGGAGUGUCUUUGGAACAAAGGGUGCUGCGUCUCUGUGUCAACCGGCUGAGCAUGCGCCCCAAAAGCAGAAUGGGCUUUCCGUCCUUUCUGCCAUGUUUGACAGAACUCUUCAGAAACUACCAUGGUGGUUUCCAGCUUCAGCCAGCCCAGGACUUUAAGAUAGACCGUCUGUCUGGCCUCUCUUAGGUCUCCUGCAACAAACACCACACCUUCCGCUCAUGAUCCCCUCACCGCUCAAAUGGCUCCUCGCCAAGUCCCCACACACCACCCUACGCCAACGCCAACCGAUCUACUCCCCACGUAGUGAGAAUGGUACGCCCCGGCUCUAUGAUUAGACCUCAUUGCUGUCGGAAGAUACCACUCCAGAGCGGGGGUGGUCGCCUGUGAGGAAUGGACACAGCGGGAGGGGCAAAAUGGACCAAUGGGAGUGCAGUGCUGAGAGGGGAGGUAGGAACACUCAACCCCUCCCCCUGAGCCCCCUCCGCAGGACUGAACCCUCUCGACAGGGAGGGAGAGGGGGGACUGGGACAGACAGGGAAGGGGAAACAAGUGAACAGAUAUUCGCCAGGACAGUCGCAGAAUGGUCACCAUGGAAACAUACCACCUGUACCAGUUCAGGACAUGAGAUCGCCACGUUGACCAUCUUUAAGACGAAACAGUCUCUGGGUAUCAGUAUCUCAGGUGGGAUGGAGAAUGAGAUGAUGUUUCCAGGAGGAGCUGCCUCUACCAGUGACGCUCUGAUGGCGAGGUAUGAGCUGGUUUCAGUGGGCGGUGAGUCUCUGCAGCGUGUGACCCAUCCGCAUGCAGUGUUCAGCAACAAGGCCAAUGACCCAGUGGUGUUCGUCAAGAUUUUCAAGGGAACAGCUGACUUGCAUCAGAGGAAUCCACUGUCAGGCUUACACAAGUACUACACACAGUAUUUUUAUUGAACCUUUAUUUAACUAGGCAAGUCAGUUACAAUGACGGCCUACACCGGCCAAACCCGGAAGACGCUAGGCCAAUUGUGCGCCGCCCUAUGGGA